AUGGGGAAUGCAAGUACUUGUUGUUCACAUCCUGCUAUAUAAAAUAAAGAAGCUCUAAUUCCUUAAUAGAAAAAUAUGUUAGUGAAUGAAGAGUGUGACGUUCGUGAAUGGGAAGCAGAUGAUUUUGUAAAGAUUGGUCUUUGUAAAUGAAUUAAAUAUUUUUGAUUCAGAAACUCAUCCUGUCAAAGAACACAAACUUUUUGAUUAGCCAUCUGUUAUAAGGAGAAUGGAAAGUGUUGAAGGACCUAAAUUAGGAUAACGAUUGGAAGUAUUUCCUGAAAUAGAAAAUCAAAUAGUACGAACUGUUUUAGGUUAAUUACCUCUAUUGAUGAUACCAUAGGAUAUGGAAAGAGGUGAAGAAAAUCCACCUAUCAAAUUUGAUAAUAAUUUCAUUUAUCAUGGAGAAUGGAAGGAUAGUCAAAAACAUGGAUAUGGAAAAUUGUUAUGGCCAGAUGGUAGUUAUUAUGAAGGCGGAUUUGUUAAUGAUGAAACAUCUGGUUUUGGAAGAUUAAUUCAUUCAUUUGGUGAUUAUUAUGAAGGAAGUUGGAAACAUGAUUAAGCCAAUGGCUAUGGUAAGUAUCAUCGGUACAGGAAUUAAGCAACUUAUGAAGGGAACUGGGUAAAUGAUAAGCAGUAAGGUUAAGGUAAAGAAACAUGGCAAGAUGGAUCAUCUUAUGAAGGAGAGUAUUUUAAUGGAAAAAAAUAAGGAAGGGGGUUGUUUAAAUGGGGCAAUGGUAAUAUGUAUAUAGGAGAUUUCAAAAAUAAUAAAAUGGAUGGACAUGGAGUUUAUUAUUGGAAGAGUGGAAAAGUAUAUGAUGGUGAAUGGAAAGAAAAUAGAAUGGAUGGAGAAGGAGUAAAUUAAUUAAUUUUAUAUAUUAUAGUCAUUCAAUUGGCCAGAUGGUAGGAAAUAUAAAGGAAGUUAUAAGAAUGAUCUUAAAGAAGGAUAUGGAAUAUUCGAAUGGUCAGAUGGACGUUACUACAAAGGAGAAUGGAAAUAAGGAAAAUAACAUGGUAAGGGAAUUCUCAGAAUGGAUUAAGCUAAAGAAAUAACUGCUGAAUGGAUUAAUGGCAAAAUGCUUACUGAAAAAUAAAUUGAAUAAUAAGCUACAGGUUCAUGA